AUGGGCAAUUUACAGUCGAAGAAGUUGCCAGAGGACCAGCUAAAAGAGCUGCAGAAGUCGACCAAUUUUGACAAGAAGGAGUUGCAACAAUGGUAUAGGGGCUUCCUCAAAGACUGCCCCUCGGGGAUGCUUACCAAGACCGAGUUCCAAAAGAUCUACGCCCAGUUCUUCCCCUUUGGCGACCCGUCAACGUUUGCAGACUUCGUUUUCAAUGUCUUCGACACAGACAAAUCGGGCACCAUUGAGUUUAAGGAGUUCAUCUGCGCCCUGAGCGUGACCAGCCGCGGAAAUAUGGAGGACAAGCUGGACUGGGCCUUCAAGCUCUACGACAUUGAUGGCGACGGCAAGAUCACAUAUAAGGAGAUGCUUGAGAUUGUCGCAGCCAUCUACAAGAUGGUCGGCUCAAUGGUCAAUCUCCCCGAGGACGAGGACACGCCAGAGAAGCGUGUGAAGAAGAUCUUCCGCAUGAUGGAUAAGGACGACAACGGCAGCCUCGACAUCAACGAGUUCAAGGAGGGCAGCCAGCGGGACGCCACCAUCGUCACCGCCCUCUCACUGUAUGACGGACUUGUGUGA